GCCACUUGUCUUGAUAAUCUUGAUAUGUCGAUGAAGUCGCAACACUAGCGCAAAGUACUUUUUCGAGGUGGACUGUCGAAAAUUAUAAAUUAAUUUAUAAAUACGCUAUUAAAUAUGCUAUCCCGCGUAGCUUUGCGUUCAGCGGCGUCCCGACAGUCCGCGACCACCGCGCUGGUGGCCCGCAGCGCAGCCACUGACGUCUCCGGUGUGCGGGAUGAGAAGAACUUCCCCAGGCCCGUGAGAGGCGAGCCCGGCAAGGUGCGGCUCGGCUUCAUCCCUGAAGAAUGGUUCCAGUUGUUCCACUCAAAGACCGGCGUGACUGGCCCCUACACCUUCGGCGUCGGCCUGGCCACAUACCUCUGCAGCAAGGAGAUCUACGUUAUGGAGCACGAGUACUACAGCGGUCUAUCUCUGCUUGUCAUGGUCUACGUCGCUGCCAAGAAGUUCGGUCCCUCUAUUGCUGCUUUCUUGGACAAGGAAGUUGAUGCGAUAGAAUCAAACUGGAACGAGGGCCGCGCCCAGACUAUCGAGUCCCUGGAGAAGGCCAUCUCGGAGGAGAAGAAGGCGCAGUGGCGCGCCGAGGGGCAGGAGCUGCUCGUGCAGGCCAAGAAGGAGAAUGUGCUGCUGCAGCUCGAGGCCGCCUACAGGGAGCGACUCAUGAAGGCCUACUCAGAGGUGAAACGCCGCCUGGACUACCAGUUGGAGAAGUCCAACGUGGAGAGGCGCCUGGCGCAGAAACACAUGGUCGACUGGAUCGUGUCCAACGUUACAAAGGCCAGCACCCCGGACCAAGAGAAGCAGACCCUGGACCGCUGCAUCGCGGACCUGGCCGCGUUGGCCGCCCGCAAGUAGACUUAGAACCUGUACAUUAUUUAUGAGGAUGUAAUCAGUAAAGAGAUCAGUUAUUA